GCAGCUUUCACUAGACUGCUGUUGAGCUGAACUGUUCUUCCUUCGACUAUUUUAAUAACCUUUCAUUAAACUGCAGCUGGAAUAAGGCAAAUAAAUCAAUUCUAGCAAUAUUUUUAAUAGCAGUAUUCAACGACAAUGAUGUUUUUAUCAGCAGCUGGAUGUGUGUGGAUGGUUUAUAUUCUCUGCAUCUCAGGUGUUGAAGGAAAACCAAACAGCAUCUUUGCUUUGAAAGGAUCAUCAGUGAAUCUGAGCUGCUCAGCUCCACAUUCAGCUGCAAAGGUCAAAUGGUACAUGGUGAGCAAGAGUAAUGCAGAAUAUGUUUAUCAUGAUGUGUCUGCACAUAGAAAUCAUGAAGAGUUCAGUUUAUCAGAGGAUGAUUUCACUCUGACAAUCAGAGAUCUAACAGAGGACAAGACAAAAAGUUACUGCUGUAGUGAAACUAUUCCUAAAGAGAGACCAGAUGAAACCGACAGCUGUCAGCAGAACAGCAUUCAGCUCCAGGUUAUAGACCUCCAGGUAAAGGUGUUUCCUGCCUCAGAGGGACAGAAAGUGAGUCUGAUGUGCUCAAGCAGCUGUUCUCUGACUGAAAGCCCUGCAGCCUUCAUCUGGUACCAGAACGGAGAGUUCCUCUAUGAGGACUGGUCCCCCUGGUACCAAGAGCUGGUCAGCAGUGAUCAGGCAGUCAGAUACUCCUGUGCUAUCAAAGGCUACGAGGAUCUCAGAGCUCCUGACGUCUCAGUGGAUUCUGUCUCAGGGAGCUGCUUCAGUGUGACCUACGCUGAAGGCACAAUGUGUUCCUACAAAUCACAGAAACAGUCCUGCUCCAUCACAUUUCCUACAGAAAUUCGUGUUGAAAGGACAGAAUCAGAGAAUGACCAUAUCAAGAUGACGUGUAACUCCAGCUGUUCUCUGACUGACAACAAAACUUCAUUUCAGUUGUAUGAAAACACAGAAACUGGUGAACAGAAAGUUGAUCAAAACUCUGUAGUUCCCAUCUCAUCAACAGAUAGCUUCUUCUGCACUGUUAAGGAUCGUCAUGAUCUGCUUUCUAAUGAAGUUUGUGUUAACGGUAGCGACUGCUGGACUGUGAAUUAUGACAGCAGGAGAAUCUGUGGCCUGAAAGGUUCAUCAGUGAACAUCUCCAGCAAAUACUCACAUCCUGAGCACCAACAGCCACUGACUAAACGCUGGUAUAAAAUGAAGAUAAAUACAAAGCUGGAGGAAGAGGUGAUGGAGAAUAAUACUGAUGUGAAUUAUCAGGAUGACACGAGGAACCAACACAUCCUCAGUUUAAACAACCUGGAUGAGAAAAACUCAGGAGAAUACGAGUUCAGAAUCAAAACAGACAUCAGAAAAUCAUCUCAUUUUCCUGGAGUUACUCUGAUUGUAACAGGUCUCCUAGUGGAUGUGCGACCUGCUGCAGAGGUCACUGAGGGUCAGAGAGUCACAUUGACCUGCAGCACCAGCUGUCCUCUCAGUGAAAACACAAACUACAUUUGGUACUUUAACAGUCGGCCUCUGAGUCUGACUAAAACACGAAACAACCAUCUGAUUAUAGAUGCAGUUAGCAGACAGGAUGAAGGAAACUACUCCUGUUCUGUUGAAACGCUAAACUCACCUGGAAAGACUCUGACUGUACAACAGUCAACAACAACCUCUUCAGCAACAACAGUAAACUGGAUACGAACAGCUGCAGGACUCUCUGUGUUUCUUUUGGUCCUG